AUGCUCUCUGUCAGAAUUUCUGCCAGGCAAUGUUCUGUGCGCGGAUUGGCAACUCAAGCGAACAAUGUUUCUCAACCAGCUAAAGACAACGCAACUAACGGCAGCGAUGCUGCAACUGAGAAAAAGGGAACAGCUAGAUAUCAACGAAUUCAGCCUUCGGUGGCCCUAAAUAGUUUGAAAACUAAAUUAUCGAAUGAUUUCCAGAAGCAGCAACCAGCUCAAAAAAUAUACUCUCAGUUCCAAUCGGAUCUACAACAAUUAAUUUCUGAGCAGCAAGUCAAUCCAAGACAUUUCGUUAACAGCUCUAUCUGUAACUCCGUUUUGGCAAAGUUGAUUCUCCAAAGUAAGUCCGAACUUGAUGGUCAAAGCAUCGGUGAAUCUGCUUCAAUUCCACCAACACCAUUUGAGAUUUUGGAAACUUACUUAAAAUACAAUCUAGCACGUCAUCAACACUUCAUUAUAGUGUUAAAACAGUUUUUAAUUGACCUACAACCAAAGGAAGCUAUCAAUCUGUGGAUUUCCUUUCUAGAGCACGCUAAACAAAUGCCAUUGAAUAACACUGGAACAUCGCAAGUCCAGGCUUUAACAUCAAUUGCUUAUUUGAUGUUAUCCAAGGAAAGUAAUUCUGCACCAGAUGUCAAUGUCCUUACCCAAUUACUUAAUAUUACUCCUAGCAAAGUACCGUUCCUCGCAAUUGAACAGGAGAUUAAGUCCCUGGGAUUAACAGCUACCACAAAAGACGAAUUACUAAAAUCAUUCGAUGAUUUGUUACUCCAAUGGUUUACCGCUGAUAAAGACGCCUUCAUAAAUGAAUUCUUGAAAAACUCUAAUGAUCUCAAGCUAAUUACUUAUUUGUGGAAACAGUAUUUAAAGUUGGCAACGAAAGACUUCACAACGUCAAAUCAGGAAAUUCCCGGAGCCUUCAUGAUAAAACUAGCGCAAUUGGAUAGGAGUUUAGAUGCUGUGAAAAUCAUGACACAACUAAAAGAGGCAUCUGCUGACUUCAAACCAUCUGUUUCAUUAUACAACUCCUUGCUUCAGACAGUUGCUUAUAUCCCCGCAUUCGGUAAAGAAGCUCAAUCUAUUAAAUUAAACAGAAUACAAGCUAUUUGGAACUCAUACAUUAAAUCCAGUGGAAACAUUACAGUGGCUAGUUACAAGGCGAUGUUAGAAGCACUAAUUAUCGCAGGACAUUUCAAAACGGUGGAGUCCUUCUGGACGUUGGAUGUCCCCGAUGACGUGAAGGCUAAUUCAGAAAUCUCCGACAUCUACCUAAAAAAUUUCUUUGCUUCCGUUAAGAAAGUGCACUUUUCCCAAUUAAAAUCUAAAAUUCCAAGCAAAGUUCAUAAUUUGGAAUUAGCAAAUACAAUUCUUUUAGCAAUGGUACAUUCUGAUGCCUCUGUGGGAGAUAUCGACUCCUUUUAUUCUCACACUUUCCAAUCGACCGAAGGAAUUAAACCCAAUGAUAAAACUUUGGCAAUUAAGUUAAGGGCAAACUUGGCUGCUUUCGGCGAUUCCAAAAAUGAAAGCAUUUUAGGAACAAUUGGUUUAUCUGCAAACUCUCCAACCGCUACUCUGGUCAUCGAAGAAUUUUUGAAAAUAUGUGAAAAUGAGGAAUCAGCAACAGCUCUUUUGAAGGCUUUAAACAUCGAUAACAAGUCAAAUGACUCUGCUAAAAAAGUGAGCAACUUUUUGGACUACUAUUUGCAGCAUGGCAACUGGGAGUAUGCAGAAGAAUUAUUCAAGAAGUACUUGACGGACAAUGUCAAAUCACCAUCAUCGGUCAACUAUAGAUUAUUCAACUCGAUGUUCAAGGGAUUUUCUGAGUUAAGUAUCACCAGAAAUGAUACUGGGUUUGUUUCCAAACAACAAGUGUACUGGGAACUCUGUCAAAGAAUCCAUAAUAGGAUAUUCAACGAGUGCGUUAUUUCCACUCUAAAAUCUGUAUCCGCCUUGUCCAGGAGAAACGCUGAAUUCAGCGAAAACGAGUUGGAUUUCAUUAACAAUACCGUCUUACCUUACUUGGUAAAGCUGAAAAUUGAAAAUAGCUUCAAGCUACAGAAUCCAAAAUAUCUGCAAAAUAUGAAAUCUAAUGACAAGAUUCACAUUCCUAAAGAACUGUUAUGA